AUGGGGCAGCCCCCAUCCCCAUCACCUGGGGCAGCCCCCUCCUCACUGUGCGGGUCAGGCUGUGCUGCAGCAGUGUGUGUUUCGGGCAUAUUUUGGGGCAACAGGCAUAUUUGGGGGGGCGCACCCCACCCGAACCCCUGUGUCCCACCCCUCUGCUCACCAGUGCCAGCCCAGGGGGUCCCUGGGGACACCCACCCCGGGUACCAGUGCCUCCCCUGCCCUUGGUGCUCGGUCACUUCCAGCGCACCCCUCCGGAUGUGAUGCCCCGCACCGCGCUGUGGGGAAACUGAGGCACGGCGCCUCCCGGGGGGGGGUGGAGGGAGGGUGGUCCCUCCUCUUCGCCCCCCCCGUUGCGGGCAGCUGCCGCCACCCCCCCCCCGCCCCGCCGCCGGCCCGGCCCCAGCGCCGCCAGCGGCAUUUCCUCCCGGCGCGGAGCCGCGCCGCCCGCGGACCCUCCUCCGAAGGGAGUCGGUUUCCUGCCGCCGCCGCCGCCCGCACUCGGCGCUGGCUCCCGGGGAGCGGCCGCAGGCGGACAUGGGCCCCCGCGCCGCCCCGCUCCUGCCGCUGCUGCUGGCUCUGCUCGGCCGCCCGGACCUCGGGAGAGCCGAGGGCUGCGACCUGCAGCCAGUGACAGCGGAGCCACCCAUCACCCUCUCCUACGCCACCAGCACGGUGCCGCGGGGCUGCGUCAGCAGCAGCUCCCUGGACGCCAGCCAUGAAGUCCACGUCCUCAGCGUCGAGUGGUCCAAGGCCUCUGCCUUCCCUCUGAACGUGUCUGUCACGCCGCGAGCUGGUGCCUGCACCCGGUCAGCGGUGCUCGUCCUCCUGUGUGCCCACUGCUCUGCCACCAUCACCUCCCUCUGCCCGGACCUGCUCGUCCGCACCGACGCCCGCCUUGGCACUGGGACCACCACAGCACUGGGCCCCGAGCCGCCCGUGGCCGCCAGCGAGGGGCAGCUGCUGGCCUGGGCUCAGGAUGCCUACGGGGGCAUCACGUCCUACAGCGAGCUGCGGGACCCUCGCUGGGUCCAGCUCCGCCUGGGAGAAGAUGCCAACAGCCCCCUGGACUGCGUCCCUCAGGAGCGCUUCGAUGCCAUGCUGCACCUCGAGACUGAGGUCUUCUUCCAUGGGGUGAAGGGCUGCUCGCGUGGGGAUGCCCAGAGCACCAGGGCUGCCCACAUUGUCCGCCUGCAGCCCAAUCCCAGCUCCCCCAUCACGGACGUGAACCUGUCCCUGAGCUCUGCCUGCAGGGACUGCCCACUCAUUGCUCCAGCUGAGCUUGUUAUGGGUUCAGCUCGUUAUGGGUAG